CUGCUCCGCCUAUCUCCUCCUCCUCCGUCGGCACCUCCAUUUCCUCUCUCUAAAACCCAGCAAGCAAAUGAUCAAAACCGGCGGAAAUUCCCCUCCGACGAAGUGAAUUGCUCCUCCGUCUCGUCGCCUUCCGGGAUCCCGAACCAUGUCUUCCCGUUUUGCCCCUGCCCUUCAUUCCAAUCUGCCCUUCUCUUCUCCAAUCUCUCACGCCUCUCUCUUGGGUGCAAACCACACCGCCGCCCGAUUUUGCUCCCGAUAAACCGCCUUUUAUCAACAUUCUUUCUCUGAACCCUAGCCAUUCUUCUUCUUCUUCUUCAAUCUCCUCAUUAUUCUUAUUCUUUUCGUACAGAAACAAUCCAGCCCGUAGGUAGAUACAGAAAUAGUUUGUGUAUUGGUAGAUAAUUUGAGAUUGUUCGAUAUGGAUCACGGGUCCGGGAAGCCGAGCUUCCUGAAGAAUUUACUGGUGCGCCUCUUCUUGUUCUGCGUCGUCGUCAUCGGCAUCCGGUUUGCCUAUGUUGUGACUCUCCGCGGCGAGUCUUGUGACCUCGGCAACUUCUGCUUCUUCUCUCUGCCGGAUAGCGUCAACAUCCUCUCCGCCACCCAGCUUUCUAAAGCGUCAUCGGCGGCUGUUAUGUCUAGCGAGGCGGUCGGGAAGUUGGCUCCCGCUAAACCUAAGCAACCCGAUCUCUGGGCCACCAAGGAUUUCCAGAAGGCCGCCAAGUUCUACUCGUCUGUGUUUCAAGAUCUGAUCGCGGAUGGAUAUUUGAACCCUUAUUGGAAGGCCCUAUGUGUGGAUACCGAACAAGGUUCGGAUGUUUUUGCCCUGAAAGAGAUCGGUGUCUCGGACUCCAUUGGAAUCUUCAAGAAACCAUCUAAGCCUUUGGUGGUGUCUGGUCAGGCUAUGAAGCAGCCGUUUGAUGACCACUCCUUUGAUUUUGUCUUUUCCGGUGCCGGAAUGAUUGAUAAGUCGGCGAACCCUGCAGGCUUUGCCUCUGAGAUUUGCAGGACUUUGAAGCCCGAAGGGUUUCUAGUGCUCCAUACAGGUUCCAAGGAUACAUAUAGUUUCAAUUCUUUGAUUGGUUUGUUUAACUGUUGUAAAUUGGUCAAGUACAUAGAUAUUCAUGGGUUUGAUUCUAAAAUGCCGUCUAUCCGCGAAAUUGUUUUGCAAAAAGAGUAUGGAAUUGCUUCACCAAAUGCCAGUUUGGGCGAGAAAUGCUCUGUUCCAGAUUACAAGGUGCAAUUGAUCCGAAAAGCUGAGCCGUUGAUCAUGGAGGAACCCAAGAAACCAUGGAUUACUCUGAAGAGGAAUAUAGAAAAUGUGAAGUACUUGUCUUCAAUGGCUGACAUCAAAUUUAAGCAGAGAUACGUAUAUGUUGAUGUGGGAUCAAGAAGCUACGGCUCAAGCAUUGUGAGUUGGUUUAAGAAGCAGUAUCCCAAACAGAACAGGACCUUUGACAUUUACGCCAUUGAGGCCGACAAGACUUUUCAUGAGGGGUACAAAUCCAAGAAAGGAGUGGUUUUGCUGCCUUAUGCUGCUUGGGUGAGGAAUGAGUCACUUUUCUUUGAGAUUAACCAAACCCCCGGCGACAAAGACGUGGUGAAAGGUAGAGGAAUGGGAAGAAUUCAACCGGUUCAGUCAUCUUCUACCUCCGGCAGUGAUGUUGACAAGAUACAAGCAUUUGAUUUUGCAGAAUGGUUGAAGAACACUGUAACAGAGAGAGAUUAUGUGGUGAUGAAGAUGGACGUGGAAGGCACCGAAUUUGAGUUGAUCCCAAGGUUGUUUGAGACAGGAGCCAUUUGUCUGAUUGAUGAACUGUUUCUUGAAUGCCAUUACAAUAGGUGGCAGAAAUGCUGCCCUGGGGAGAGGAGUUCCAAGUAUGAGAAAACCUACGAACAGUGCUUGGAUCUUUUUACUUCUCUCAGAAAAAGCGGAGUUCUUGUUCAUCAAUGGUGGUGAAAUCAAGACUGUGUCAUCUAACAUUUACGUUCUUCUAUUACUGCCCGUCGUUAUCCCUCGAGUUCACCGAUAAAAAAAUGUUAUAGUACCCGAGUACGUGUUUAGCUAAUGUACUACUACCCUUUAUUCAUUUGUAUCUAUUGUUUCAUUCUUGAAUCUUCCAAAAAGAAAUGACACCCAUUGUUGCCUCAAGAGCUGCUCCAUACAUUUAUCUGUGAUUUACAUAUUCUUUGUCAGG